GUUUUUAUAAGGGAAUAGAAUGAGUUUUAUAUCUUAGGAAUUGGCUUGGGGUAGCUGCUGGGAUUUCAAUUGGUAUCAGAGCAGGUUCUCUUUGAAAUAGAUUUAACAAUCUUGAGUAGAUCCAUGGCUUUCCAAGCUCAUUUUGUUGAAGGUCAUUCAAUCACUAGGCCACCUUAUUUUGAUGGAACAAAUUAUCAAUACUGGAAAAAUAGGAUGCAUAUUUGGGUGCUUCCUGAGGAGGAUAAGGUCAGAAAGAUUCUUCGUUCCUUGCCAAAAUCCUGGAGCUCAAUCAAGACAACAAUAGAAGAAGCUCAUGAUUUAAGUGCCAUGACUGUUGAGAUGCUGCAAGGAAAGCUCCUUACACAUGAAAUGGCCAUGAAAAAUUAUGAAAGUGAUGAUGAUUCUCGAAAGAAAAAAUCUGUAGCUUUCAAAAGCUCCUCCAAAGAUGAAAGUGACAGUGAUGAAGAGGAUGAUGAAGAAUUUAUAAUGCUUGCUCGAAAGUUUAAGAGUUUCCUAAGGAAAGAGAAGCUGAAGAAUCAAGGACAACAAAAGAAAGAUUACAAAAGCAGUAAAGGAAAGGGAGAAAGUAGUAAAAAGGAUGAGAUUAUCUGCUACAAAUGCAAGAAGGCUGGACAUAUUAAAUCUGAGUGUCCAAACAAUGAUGAAAAAAGUCUAAAAGCCAAAAAGAAAAAGAAGGCAAUGGUUGCCACAUGGAGCUGUAGUGAGGACUCAUCUUCUAGUGAAGAAGUAAGUGACAUGGAAGCUCAUAUUUGUCUCAUGGCAAAUGAUGAUGCAGAUGAGGAAUUGGCUUGGGGUAGCUGCUGGGAUUUCAGCAUCUGGAGCAGUAAUUCUCAUUAUCCCACGAAUGCAAGCUGCAACAACAAUUCUAACAAAGGCAUGUGAAUGAUGAAAAAGUUGUUCUAAAACCAAAGCUUGUUUUGAUGGAUGUAGUGCCUUUUCUAAGUAUGGACAUGGCUUUUGUUCCACUUUUGAAUGGAAAUUCCUUAAUUGUAACAAGAUAGAGAAAGGUUCAUCAAUUGAGGAAGGAGGGUUUUUGAGGGAAUACCCAACUUCCUUCAAUCAUUCUAUCAACAACAACUCUGUAAAAGAAGAGACCAUGAUUUCACUCCAUUAAACUAGAAAAUCAAUU